GCCACCACGAGGAGGUAAAAGCCGGAAAACGAAAAAGAAGAACGAAUAAGAGCCCUCCUCAACCAAAUAAAAACCCACAAAACCCCUCCAUCUCUCGCUACCUUCCCUCCAUUCAUCCCCCUCUUUCUCUCUCCCCUUCGCUCGCUUCUUUUGUUCUUCCUCUCAUCGAGCUGGGAUUUGAACUCUUUCGCCCCCCAAAAGCUCUCGAAAACCCUAAUCUAUCGACGGAGAUUGGGAACCCUAAUUUAUUGCUCGGUCGCUCUCUGAAGUCUGAUCUGGUGUUCUGCGAUUCCAGGGGGAAAUCCCUUCUCGCUUCCGCCAUUGGAGCUCGCGAGGUCCGCCGGCCUGGUCUGCUGUCGCGUGGGAAAUGGAGGGGGGUGCGGGGGCGUACAAUUCUCGCACGGCGGAGGAGGUCUUCAGGGAUUUCAGAGGCCGGCGAGCCGGCAUGAUCAAAGCUCUCACCACCGAGGUUGAAAAGUUCUACCAGCUUUGUGAUCCCGAAAAGGAGAACUUGUGUCUUUAUGGACUUCCCAAUGAGACCUGGGAAGUAAAUUUGCCUGCUGAGGAAGUACCUCCAGAGCUUCCUGAGCCAGCAUUAGGAAUUAAUUUUGCCAGGGAUGGGAUGGACGAAAAGGAUUGGCUGUCACUAGUUGCAGUUCACAGUGAUGCAUGGUUGUUGGCUGUUGCAUUCUAUUUUGGGGCUCGCUUUGGGUUUGACAAGGAGUCCAGGAGGCGACUUUUCAACAUGAUCAAUAAUCUCCCCACCAUAUAUGAGGUUGUGACUGGAACUGCAAAGAAGCAAUCAAAAGAAAAAACCCCUAACAGCAGUAGCAAGAGCAACAAAUCAAGCUCAAAGAUGGUCAUGCAGUCACGGCAGGCAGAGUCAAAGGCCUCCAAGAUGCCUCUCCCGAAAGAGGAUGAAGAGAGUGGAGAAGAGGAUGAGGAUGAGGAUGAGGAGGAGCAUGGAAACACUUUGUGUGGUGCAUGUGGGGACAACUAUGCAAAUGAUGAAUUCUGGAUAUGCUGCGACGUUUGCGAGCGAUGGUUCCAUGGGAAGUGCGUCAGGAUCACACCUGCUAGGGCUGAGCACAUCAAGCAGUACAAAUGCCCAGGAUGCAGCAACAAAAGGGCUAGAGCAUGAAAAGCAUAGACAAGCGUUAUUGCAGAUGUAUUAGAAUAGGAAAACCAUUUUGGGAUGCAACAGUCAAUGGACCUGCACGCCCAAGUCAGGCUUUCAGGUUUUAGACGUAGUUUAAUUAAUUUCACAUUCAGUAUGUUACUGUUAAUUACUGGUGUCUCUUUGGGUAAGAAUUCAUUUGUCAUGAGUGAUAUCUUAUGUGCUAAACUAAAUUGCUAGAAGAAACAGAAUUAGGUGUGAGUUGUGGCAGUGAACCUUUACAAUUAAUAUUUCUCCUUUUCUUUUCACGCA